AUGACAGCAAUCAUGCUGUUUGGAAAAUAUGUUCGUGCUGAAUCUGAUGGUAAUCUCUCCCGCUCUCCAACUCACGAUGACGAUACGAAUUCGAUGGACGAGACUUCAACUUCAACUUCAACUUCAACUUCAACUUCAAGGAAGAGAAAGUUAGCAGCGACAACAAGCCCUAAUCAACUCAAUGGCUUAUCUCUUGGCCAUGAUGCCUAUUAUCUUCUUGAGUUACCUCUGGAGUCAUUUGCCAAAAUUGAGAGAAAUUUGACGACAAGAAGCCCUCCUAAUCAAGUAAAUGGCUUAUCUCUUGGCUUUCCCACUGCUUCAUCUACACAAGAAGAUCAACCUGCUGCUAUGCCAAACCCUAAUCAUGAGGAUGCCUUAUCUCUUGCCUUGCCCACUGCUUCUUCUACACCACAAGAUCAACCACCUGCUAUGCAAAACCCUAAUCAAGAGGAAGGCUUAUCUCUUGACUUUCCCACUGCUUCAUCUACACAACAAGAUCAACCACAUGCUAUGCAAAACCCUAAUCAAGAGGAUGACUUAUCUCUUGAGUUAUCUCUUGGCUUGCCCCUAUCUUCUUCUACACAAGAAGAUCAGCCUGCUAUGCAAAACCCUGACCAAGAGGAUGAGGAGGUGGAAGAACAAGAACAACAACAAGAAGAGGAGGAGGAAAAGUUUACUUCAUCGGAUGUUGAAAGGAAUCACAACCGGUUGCUCAUCAGCGGACACAUGAAUAAUCUGAUGGCUUCUUUGACGGAAGAAGAGAGAGGAAGAGUGGAAUCGAAUGGAAGAAGAGAUUUUCUGAGGGUGGUGACGAUGACUACAAAUAAUUAUGGAGUUGAAUACAUAUUGCACUUAAAGAGGUGGGCUGGUUCGGGUGCCUUAGUAUUGAAACAUGAAUGGGGGAAGCUCGUGGGCGCAAACGAAUUGCGGAUAGGGGAUUCCGUUGUGGGACGGGGAUAUCGCGUAGAUGAUGAGUUCCGUUUGCUUCUCGAUAUAAUCAUGAAUCAUCAAGUCCAUUAG